ACUUUCCACAUACUGUUUAUGUAUCAUAUUAUCAGAUUUAGAUCGAUUCCCAAUGGCACAAAAGUUGGAACCCAAGGGUGGGAAUGGUGGCAAGGAAUGGGAUGAUGGAGAUGACUAUGAAGGUGUAUCACAGAUCUAUAUACGAGAGGGUUGUGGAGGUAUAGAGUCUAUCAAGUUCGAUUAUGUUAAGAAUGGACAACCUAAAGAUGGACCAAUCCAUGGUGGCUCGGGUCAAAGUUUCACCGAGUGGUUUGAUCUAAACCAUACAUGUGAUGAACAUAUCUUAUCGGUAACCUGUUUCUUCGAGGAGGGUGCAAUACAAGGAUUUGUGAUCAAAACCAAUAUCAGGACUUCUGCACUCAUGGGAUAUAACCUUGGUACUACGUUUAAACUUGAAGUCAAAGGCAAGAAGAUCAUUGGGUUUCAUGGAUCUUCUGGCAAAAACCUUUACUCUCUUGGAGCUUAUUUCGCACCGCUUUCUCCUGGUAAUUUGAAAUACUAAGAGUUCCUCGGAAAAGCUUAUCUAUCAGAUUAUCGGUUUGAUUCAUGAAUGCUUGAAAUUGUACGUUUUGGCCUGCCUUUCACUGUUAUUCAAUUGCUUGCAAUAAAACAAUGAUUUUCCA